CUCAUACAUAAGCUAUUUAAGGAUAGCAGCGGAGAAAAAACUUUUAAAUUUUCCUUGGAAAAUUUUUAAAAUUUAAACUCUACCACCGUAAGGAGCACCGGGCCGAGUAUGACCCAAAAAACUAAAUUCAUCUUAAACACCUCAGUGGAAUAUUUCUCCGGCCGCCUACCCACAGGCCUGGCAUUGGACGAGCAAACCGCCAGAAUAUUAGAGUUCUUGGAUAACGAUGAACUUACCGUAAUCUCGGCUGUACAUAAUAAAGCCGAAGAUACAAUUAAAUUUCAACAUCGCAUACCCAACGAUGAAGUAUCCUUGCUGUUCUACAAAAUACCGCAGGUGGGUGCCAGAGCGAACAGUGGCGGCAGCCGAGGUGGUGGCUCUAGAACCUAUGAUGGUGGCGGGGGUGAAGGCAGCACAGCAAAACAGACGUCAUCGACUACAGCUGGCAUGGAUAACCACCAACCACUUGGCAUUUUGACGCUCGAAGGAGGUCUGGUUAAAUCCAUUUACAAUUCUGUUUCACGUGUAUUUUCACCGCAUGCAAAUGUUCGGAAAACCGAAUAUAGUCCGGAGUUAAGUGGUUUACUGGAAAAUUUACAUGUUUCACUUGGUUCUACAUUGGGUUUACCUCAAAGUGGCAUUACUUCGAUCAAAGAUGAAAUUAAAUACUGGAAACAAAAACUGAAUCAAAAGAACUCCUCACGUAUUGAACGGGAAGCGGCUCAAAUGUUUAUAAGUGUGCUGGAGAAUAUUGAUCAACAAAUCAGUUCCAUCAACACCAAUGGCGGCAUGUCCAUUGAAGAGUUCCUAGAUGCCGCCCACAACAAUUUCGAUGAGCUAUGGCGAUUGCCGUAUCAAUUUCCACAAAAUCGUAUGGCCGAUAUGAUGGAUGUUAUCGGAAACACCCUGAUUGAAGCUUGUUUGGAACAACUGUUGGCCGAAGAUAUUUGGUCUCUGAAUAAUUCUCAUGUCAAUAGUUUGAUGAGUCAAUGUAUCGAUACAGCCGAAUCAUGGUUACAACUCUGUGAUUCCCUCACAAGACUCUUUUGGCCGAAUUAUGUCAAACAUCCCUGGGUGGGAGAUGCCCACAUACCCAAACGCCCCCAGCAAUUCAAGGAACGUAUGUUGGAAAUUCGAAACAUAAAAAAUCUUUACAAACAAAUUUCAACGCUACUCAAUGAUAACGAAAUGAAGGAAAUGCUUCUCGCAGAUUCACCAUUUCGUGAGUUUAAUAUUUUCGACACUUCCGCAAUGGGACAGACGAAAUGGAAUAAGGCAUUGCAAAAUUUUGAACAACUUCUGCAGCCCAUCGAUGAGCGCAUUGCGGCGGCACUUAAGGCCCAACUCCAUCAUCAUUUGAGUAAUCCUCGGCAAGUGAUUUUUAUUUUCUCAAAAUAUGAAACGCUCAUCCAAAGGCCCACGGUUUUGGAGCUGCUUACCAUUGAAAGGGAACAGUUUAUGCAGUCGCUACAAAUUCUAUUGCAUGAUUUGCGCAAAGCAAUGACAGAUACCAAUAUGGAACCGGAUACCGGACAUUUGUCCGUUAUAUGUAACGAAUGUCGUUGGUUGAAGGUCGUUCAAUAUCAGAUUCAAGAAAUAGAAAAGGUUAGCCACCUUAUAUCUGGACGUGAGGGUUUUGAGAAAAUCAACAAAGCUGUGCAAGAAAUUAAAGAGGAAACUGAAUCCUUGCUGAGAACAAAUUUUGAAAUAUGGUGUGGUCAGCAUACAACAGCAGUGAAAUCCGGAGAUCUACGAUUACGGGACGACCAACCUGUGGUAAAAUUCGAAAAAGAAGGACGCCAACUGAUGCGUGUCACAUUCAACCCGAAACUGGUGACAUUCUGCCAAGAUGUACGAGAAUUCGAAAACAUGGGUUACAGCGUGCCCGCCGAACUGAGGACAGCGGCUACCCACGCUGCCAAGUACAUGUGCUAUGCUCGUCGGCUGCAACAAAUUGCCACAUUCCACAACACCAUUGGUGAUCGAAUGAUACCCUGUCAACGACCAAUUAUGUUGAAAAAUGCCAUGGAACUAUCGAAAUUGGUACACAGUGAAACGGUGGCAUGGAACGAUGAAGAAUCGGUGUUGCGUUAUGUUAAUAUGCUACAAGCUGCCGUCUCGAAAUUAUCCACAGAUAACACCCUAUUGGUGGGGUAUCAUGAACAGGCUAAACGGACUGUUGCCAAACUCAUGAACACCGAUCUCUUUACACAAAGUCAAAUUUGGAAGGAUGAAAUGCGUCAUUUGCGUGAAUUGGUUGCCCAUUUGGAAAGGCAAUGUUUUACAAAUUUGGAUGCUUUUAAAUUGCACUGGGAUCAUCAGCUGUAUAAGGUCUUGGAAUAUCAGUACAUUAUCGGUCUGGUGGACAUGAAUAAUAAAUUGCCGGAUAUUCAUAUAAAAAUUGCUUUUCGACAACGCCAACUAUGUUUCAUGCCAGCGGAAGAAGAAAUCCGGGAACGUUAUUACACCCAGCUAAGACGUUUUAUUGAAAGACCUUGCGGAUUUCGAGGUUUAUCGGAAAAGGGUCCAGAAUUGUUCAAGACCAUGGUCGAGAACAAUCGUCACUAUUUUGGUCCCCUAUAUGAAAAAGCCGAAGAGCUAUUCGAAAAAUUGGGAAAAUUCAAGAAAAUAUGGUUACCAUGGGUGGCCUUGGGCUGUGUGGACAUCGAAGAGCUGUGUGGCAUUCAUUUGCAGACAGCCGAUGAUUGGGAGAGGAAUUUCAAGAAAUGUAAAAGUUUCAGCCAAAAAAUUGCCAAGAUUCAGAGUAACGAAGAAUCCAUUGAUUGUAUUGUCAUUGAUAUUCUCCCCCUACGAUCGGAUAUUGAACAAAUCAGUCGUCGCUAUUGGGAGGCCUUGUCAAACAGUCUUCGUUCCGCCAUACUCAAUGAUAUUGCCAUCAUACAAGACUUUCUACAAAAUGCAAUACAAUUUCUGGAAAACAUACCCAUGGAUGAGUCAUCGAUAACAGAAUCGGGUAUGAAAUAUGAAAAAAUUAUGACCGAGUUGCCAAAAGUCACCGAGACAUUGGAAAUGGUCAAGGCGAAGGAUACAUGCCUGGCUGGUUGGUGUAAGGAACGUGUUAGCUCCCUGGCUGGAAUUUUAUCACAGUGGGAAAAACUACAACCUCUUCUGGAAAAUCAUGCCGUGAUAUUACAACGACAGGUUGACAUGAUAAAGGAGCAAGCCCAGACCCAAAUACAAAAUCUACGCAAUGAGGCUGAGAAAUUUGUCCUUCGUUGGGAAUCUACAUUGGCCGAGUUACAGGCCAAUGAAGAUGCCACUUUGGAGAUAUUCAAAGAACGCCAGGACCACUGGCAUGAGAUUUUAAAGAAAAAAGAUCAACUCUUGGAGGAAUGUGGAAAAUUUAAUAUGAUUUUUCCGGAAGAUUUCCUCAAACCCUUCGAUGAAAUCGAUGCAAAAAUGAAUGAACAAUCAAAGGAAUGGAUUGUCUAUGAUGAAUAUUUGACGGAGUUGAAUUCAAUAAUGGACGAAGAGUGGGCCAUAUAUCGCAGAAGGCCAUAUAUACUCAAUGAAUUCAUCUCAAAGUGGGAAGGUUCCGUACAUGCCUCCAUUGAUUUACCCUCGAAGAGAAUACGUGGCAGUGUGGAGAAGUUGCAGUCCCUUUUGCCUCUUCUCCAGCAAUUACAAUCCGAUUCCCUUACCGAAAGACAUUGGGCUCGUAUAUUUUCCCUGCUCAAAAGAGAUGACAUUAAAAAUUUACACACCUUUACGUUGAAGAAUCUGCUGGAAAAUCAAACGUUAUUGCAACAAAAUUCCCAAGAAAUAAGUCAAAUAGUAAGACAGGCCUCAUCGGAACAGGUUGUACGCCAAGCCCUCACAGAAAUCGAUCAAUGGUCCGUAACUGCACAAUUGAAGUUGAUAAAUCAAAAUGAUUCUUCGGGACAGCCAAUAUCACUGAUUAAGGAUUAUCAAGAAGUUCUCAACAAAAUUGGUGAUAAUCAAUCCCUGCUGCAGUCAGCUAAAAAUUCCGCCGCCUUUGAAGCUUUUUCAGAUCAAGCUGAGCUAUGGGAGAGCCGUUUAAAUACCUUGGAUACAAUUUUAACGAGUUUGAAUCAAUCACAAAGGAGAUGGGUAUAUUUAGAACCCGUUUUCGAGGCUGGUACUUUAAAGAACGAAGAGGCCCUUUUCAAGCGUAUCGAUAAAGAUUUUCGUUAUAUUAUGCGUGAAAUACAAAUGGAUCCACGUGUCGUGUCUCUGAUAAAGAUCAAUAAUAUUACAACAAUUGUAAAGUCGUUGGAGACUCAAUUGACCCGUUGUCAAAAUAAUUUGAUGUCCUACAUAAUGGAAAAACGCAACUCUUUUCCCCGUUUCUAUUUUUUGGGCGAUGACGAUCUACUGGAAAUAUUGGGUCAAGCCUCCAAGGACCCGGAAGUAAUACAAAAACAUAUUAAAAAACUAUUCCCCGGCUGUCAUCAACUGGGCAUAGUGCAAGGAAAUAGCUUGGACGAUCAACGCAUACUCUACACCAUUGAAUCGUUGAAAAGUGCCGAAGGUGAUGUUUUAAAACUACGAACACCCAUUGAAAUGAAAGGACCCAUUGAAAACUGGUUAAAUUCACUGGUGAACACCAUACAACUCACUCUGCGCGAACAAAUAGUCCAGUGCUGCAGUACAUAUCCUGCGGACGGUUUUAAUGAGAACAUCCUGAAAAAUUAUGUUGCUCAAGUUCUGUCCACCACGCGUGCCAUUCACUUUACCCGCCAGUGCGAAAAGGCUAUUCAAACAAUGGCUCUGCAAAAACUCCAGCAAACACUCAACGCGGAAAUUGCCAAAUAUUCGUUGUGGAAACAUCAGACGUCUGACACGCUGUUGCAAAUAAAAUUACGUUCGCUACUCUUUGAUUUGGUCCAUUAUGUGACAAUUGUCGAGGAGCUGAUAGACAACAACACAAUGCAUUUGAACGAUUGGCAUUGGUUGGCACAGCUUAAAUUUUAUUUAAGUGAUGGCAGUGGCCACCUUGCAAACGGUAGCAGUGGUCGCGGUGGUAAAUCAGCACCUGAUUUGCUUGCCUCCAGAGGUGGCAGCAACAUCGCCAGCAGUAAUGCAACGGUUAUUAUCCGUAUGGUUUAUGCAGAAUUCGAGUAUUCAUAUGAAUUUUUGGGUAAUCCCAAUAAGUUGGUCAGUACACGUUUAACACACAAAUGUUAUCUCAUCCUAACACAAGCCAUGCAUAUGGGCUUGGGUGGUAAUCCCUUUGGGCCGGCUGGUACCGGUAAAACGGAGUGUGUCAAAGCAUUGGGCGCCAUGUUGGGUAGAUUGGUGCUUGUCUUUAACUGUGAUGAGAACGUCGAUACCGAAUCAAUGGCUUUGAUUUUAACCGGUUUAGCUCGAUGCGGUGCCUGGGGCUGUUUUGAUGAAUUCAAUCGUUUGCAGGAGGCAACACUCUCGGCCAUAUCAAUGCUAAUACAGCCGAUACAAUGUUCAUUAAAGGAUAAACUGGAUGUUGUGCAGAUAGCCGGAAAGAAUAUAAAACUCAAUCAACAUUGCGGUAUAUUUGUAACACUUAAUCCGGCCGGCGCUGACUAUGGUGGUCGCCAGAAAUUACCCGGUAAUAUACAGGCAUUGUUUCGUCCAAUUGUCAUGCAACAGCCGGAACCGGGAGAAAUUGCACGUGUAAUGCUAUUUGUCGAAGGAUUUAAACAGCCAACCGAAAUCGCCCAACGCGUUGUGGAACUCUUCGAUAUGUGUGCCAAGAUAUUGACGCAACAGCGUCACUAUGAUUGGGGCUUAAGGGAAUUGAAAACAAUUUUAUUAGCCUGUGGCGAGGGUUUAAGGAGCAUAACAAUGAACUCGGCCGCCAGCCAAGGGAGUGAUGGCGACGACAUGGAAAUGUUGGUGGUCGUGCAAUGUUUACGCACCUCGACCAUGUCCAAAUUGGCCCUGCACGAUGUUUCACGCUUCGAGAUGCUGCUGCACAAUGUAUUUCCCGAGAUUAGCAAUGUCCCAGGCGCGUAUGAGUCAUCGUCGUCCGCCCUUUCGCCGCUCCAACAUGCGAUUAGGGAGGCAUUCGCGGCACUGGGUCUGUGCUUUAAUGAAAUGCAAAUGAUUAAAUGUCUACAGCUUUAUGAACAGCUACAGAAGCGCAUGGGUGUUGUGGUGAUGGGACCACCCGGUUGUGGCAAAUCCACCGUUAUAAGUGUAUUACGCCAGGCUUUAAUUACACAAACAUCAAAGUCAGCGCCAGCAUCCCUCCAACAGCAGCAACAACAAAUACGCAUCCAUACCAUUAGCCCCAAAUCGAUGAGUCGCGUUCAGUUGUUGGGUCGUCUUGAUCCUGACACCCGUCAAUGGCUCGAUGGUGUUUUGACACACACCGCCGUUGUUGUAAACGCCGAACCGCCACACAUACGCUCGUGGAUUGUUUGCGAUGGCAGCAUUGAUCCGGAAUGGAUUGAGGCACUCAAUUCCGUAUUGGAUGACAACAAACUGCUAACACUACCAUCUGGUUGGCGCAUACAAUUUGGCAAUAAUGUGAAUUUUAUUUUUGAAACGGAUGAUGUUCGCAAUGCUUCACCGGCAACCAUUUCACGUAUGGGCAUUGUUAACAUGAACAAUGAGGAUUAUCCAUUAAAAUCAAUACUGGAACAUCAACUGUCGAAAUAUGAGUUUGGCGAUUUGUUACAAAGUUACAUUGAAGAGCUCUAUGAGCCCGCCAUGGAAUGGCUUGAAAAGGAAUAUGCACAUUCGCCAUUGCCUUGCCUAACACGCUCCUGGAUGUUACGUGCUUUAUUGUUAAAACUUGGUGAUUAUACGGCCGUACAAAAUCGUGAUGCAUUCACCAUUGCUGGCUGUCAUGCAGCCAGGGAAUUUUUACCAGUUGAACGUCAUAAUGAAUUUGCCAAUUGGUUCUAUGAAAAGGCUAAUUUGUAUGUUACCAAUCCAAAUCAGGCCGAAUUGAUGUACUACAAUGAGGCUAGAAAUUCUGUUGAUGUUUAUGAAAGCAAUACGGCGACGGAUGGUGGUGAUUUUGGAGAUUUAGUACCAACGGCAGCAGUAAAAAUGUAUUUGGAUCAAUUGAAGGGAUUUUUGCAAGCACCAGACGCGUUGCCAUUUUUAAUUGUGGGACCACCUGGCUCAGCGAAAACUCUAUUAAUCGAACAUGCUGUUGAUGAUAUGUCAGGUUAUGAUUUGGUUAUCAUCAAUUGUUCGACACAGUUAACACCGGCAUACAUAAUACAUUGCAUAAAACAGAAUUGCCUGGCUGUUAGUGGUGUGCGUGGCCGAGAAUAUAGACCGAAACAGACACGUUUGGUUAUCUAUUUGAAAAAUUUAGAUCUAUGCUAUGUGGAUGCUUGGGGUUGCUGUGAAAUUGUUGAAUUAUUGUUGCAGUUAGUGCAGCGGCAAGGCUUCUACAAUGAUAACGGCUCGAGUGCUGGCCUAAAUGUUGCAAGGAAUAGUGGCGGCAGCAAUACGUCCGCAACUGGCAGAAGUAACAAGAGUCACAAUAGUUCCAAUGGCACUGGUGCUGGCGGUGGUGGUGGCGGCAGUAGCAAUAGCAAUUUGGAAUGGAUAAAUGUUAGUGGUUUACAAAUAUGUGGUUCCAUUUCACAGCAAACGACAACAGCUGCGACAGCUAAUGCAAGUUUAGUGAAAAUUGCACCGCGUUAUUUGGCCAUAAAUCACAUGCUGCACGUUGGUUAUCCCAGCCAACAGGAUAUGUUGGCCGUAAUACAAAGGCAUCUUGAACAUUUACUUUUGGGCCGCGGCUACGGUGAUAGGGCUGCAGCACACUUCAAAGGCUUGAAUAUACAAAAUGUGCAAUACAUUUCUGAGGGUUUAAUGGAAUUUUAUGCAAAGUUACAAUUAUCCUUUGGACAAACAAGAGGCGCAAGUGGAAAGACAACUGAAACCGGUAAUGGAAGUGCUGGAACUGGCGGUGGUGGUGGUGUCGCAACUCUCAAUACUCACUAUCAAUUUUCACCGAAAUUAAUUAUAAAAACAUUGACAAAUCUAAAAUACUAUCCCGAGGAUGCUUUCAAUGAGGCUUUGUACUGCGAAUUGGUGUCAAUGUUUAAGGACCGUUUGGUCUGCGAAGAAGAUGCUGAUAAAUUUGAGACUAUUUUAAGGCAUUCAUUGAAGAAAAUUGCUGGAAAGGAUAAAAUCUUCUUCGUACCCAAAUCGACCAAACACAAUGUGGAGUUGCAGGCUCUGCAACAUGAUGAAUGGCUGGAUGAAGUACAAAAACAAGUUACCAUAUGCAACUCGGAAAGUUUUAUCAUUGAUGCACCCACAACAAAGGAGAUGCUGGAACAAACGGCAAAAAUAGCACGACUAUUGGCGCGAAAUAGCAGCCACAUACUAUUGGUGGGUGAGGCAGGAAGUCGACAAAUGGAUGCUAUAUUUGCUGCAGCCACAAUGCAACAGGCUAAAGUUCAAAUGCUACAGGGCGGUUGCAAUUACGGUCUAAUAGAUUUCUACAAUGAUUUGAAAUUGGCAAUGCAAAUGGCAUCUUUAGAGAAUCAAUGCACCUGUUUAGUCAUCGAACAUUGUUGGUUAACGUACGUGCCGGAUAUAAUGAAACCCAUUGAGGCCAUACUUGAAGAUAGUGAAAUAUUGGAUUUAUUUGGUGAUGAUUUAGAGUCGAUAGCAAGUUCAUUGAAGCAUUCAGCCCAAUUGGAGGGUUUUCAAGAAUCAUUGGGUUCAUAUUUUAUGAAACGGGCAAGAGAAAAUCUACAUUUGAUUAUUUGUUUGGAUCCCUCGAGCAGUAAUGUUGAUGAAUAUUUUCAAAAAUAUCCCGCCCUCUAUAGAAAUAUGGAGAUGUUGUACCUAAGGACUAUGUCAAAUGAAACUUUAAAUAUGUUACCCAAAAAAUAUGUGGAAACAUUAUGUGAUAUGUCAAUGGGAAGCCAACAGGCCAAGGGAAAGAUAUCUGUUUCUUCAUACUUUUCAGAAAUUUUGGAUAUCGUUUUUGGUCGUCAAGCCCCCUUAAGAUUUUAUCAAUUAAUAAAAUCAUACUAUUAUAUUUAUGGAAAUUUAUCACAGGAGAUAAGUAAGAGAUUGGAAAAAUUACAGCAUGGCGUAGACAAAUUAGCAUCAGCCCAUGCUGUGGUCGAUACUCUCAAAUCGAAUGCCUCAAAGCAAGAGACGGCACUGGCUGAGAAACGCAAACUAGCCAAUGAGGCAUUGGAAAUGAUAUCAUCCACAAUGAAAAAUGCCAAUGAGCAGAAAACAAACAUGUUGGAGCUGAAGAAACAAACUCAAAUUAGUAGUGAAAAACUCAAGGAGCGACAAAAAGAAAUUCAAGAAGAACUGGCUGAAGUUGAACCGAUAUUGGCCGAAGCAAGUACUGCCGUUGGACAAAUCAAGUCAGAAGCCCUCUCUGAAAUACGUUCGUUGCGAGCACCACCUGAAACUAUCCGCGAUAUAUUGGAAGGUGUGCUACGUCUCAUGGGUAUACGUGACACUUCGUGGAAUAGCAUGAAAACUUUUCUGGCCAAACGUGGUGUUAAGGAAGACAUACGUUCACUGGAUCCAGCUCGAAUAAAUCCGGAAAAUUGUGAAGCUGUUGAAAAACUUUUAGCCAACAAAGCGGAAUCAUUUGAAAUGAAAAAUGCCAAGCGGGCAUCGGCUGCAGCUGCACCAUUGGCUGCAUGGGUUAAGGCAAGCGUACGUUAUUCGAAAGUUAUACAGAGUAUUAAACCCCUGGAAAGGGAGCAAAAGGAACUACAACGUAAUCUCGAUGCGGCAGAGGGAGAAAUGCAAUCGCUAAUGACCGGUCUAGAUGAUGUUGAUAACCGUGUUAAACAAUUAUCGGCUAAAUUGAAUUCUUAUACCCAAGAAGCUGCCGUGCUGGAGUUGAAACUUGAAGAAGCAAGAAAUACCUUAAAAGCUGCGGAAAUCUUAGUUCAACAACUAAGUUCAGAAUAUCAGACAUGGAAUUUACAAUUGGACGAAUAUAAGGGAGCAUUUAAGACGCUGGAUUCCAAGUCGUUAAUGAUGGCAUUGGCAUUGAACUAUUUUGCCCAUAUGUCGUUGAAGCAGAGGAGCUCUUCCCUGCAACAGCUCAGCACAGAGCUACAACUAAAAGACACCUUCGAUUUGGAGAAAACUCUACUAACCGAACAAGAACAAAUCAUUUGGGAAAGUAUGGGUUUGGCCAGAGAUGCUCAAAUCAUACAGAAUGCAGCACUACUACGGCAAAUGUUGGAUUUGCCAUUUGCAUCAUAUCCCAUACCAUUAUUGAUAGAUCCAACAGAGACGGCAGUGAAUUGGUUGGGCGAGUACCUAAAAUCCAAAGAAAAACCAUAUGAAAUAAUAUCACAAAAUAAUCAAAAACUGAAUUACAACUUAGAGCUGGCCAUACGUUUUGGUAAAAUUUUCAUUGUAGAAGAUUGUCAAGAGUUGAGACCGCCAUUGAUGCAACUGCUAUCGUAUAAAGUUUAUAUGAAAUUCAAUAAACGUCAAAUAGAAGUUGGUACAAAAUUGGUCGAUUUACAUGAACAAUUUCAAUUGGUUUUGGUAACAAAAACUCCAAAAUUGAAUAUACAACCAGAAACGGCUACCUAUCUCAAUUGCAUACCAUUCACAGUGACGGCAGUGGGCCUAAGCGAUCAACUUAUGUCCAAGGCCAUUAUUAUGAAAAAUCCCAGCCUGGAACAAAAACGUGUUGAGCUUUUGCGAAAUGAAGGUGUGUUACUGAAACAACGUAUUGAGUUGGAGGAUAAGCUGCUCGAAGAACUAUCAUUUGCCCAGGGUGAUAUUUUGAAAAAUGAAAAGCUUUUAAAAACUUUAAAUGAGGUCAAGGAAAGUAGCACUGUCAUUGAUAACUCGCUUAAAGAGAGUUCUGCUGUCAAGGAAACUCUGUUGGCCGAUUAUACACAACUGAAGGAACUUUGCAACAAGGCAUCGGUUUUCUAUGUAAAUUUUCUAGCCAGUUAUGAACUAUCUUCAUUGGUUUUCAUCAAACUUUUCCUAAGUGCUUUGGAAUUACACGACAUUGGAGGUACUGCAAGAACGUCGGGGCAAAUGGAAAAGGAAUUCUAUGGACAAUUGGUAAAGGGCACCUUUCAAUAUUUGGCUCGUUCCAUACCCAAGGAUCGUCAUUUGUCCUUGGCGUUAUUUAUCUGUAGAACAGCCUAUAGUGAUCGCAUAAAAGACGAUGAAUGGGAAUUGUUUGUCACGAAUUUUAUGUCUGGAGCCGAUGGAAGUGGUAUCAGCAGUGCUGGUGGCAUGGGACGUUUACAAUUUUCUGAGACUUUUGGUAAAGAAGCCACCAUGAAAUUGAAUAUUUUGCUGAGGCAGAAACCUGAAAUGGAAGAUAAACUGCAAUUACACAACUCCAAUAUGUGGCGUCAAUUUAUUGAGGGUCAGACUCAAGAAGUUCCAGUUACAACAAUUUCCAAUUUUGAGAAACUUCUAUUGACACUAAUACUACGGCCAGAUCUGGUCACUUAUUAUAUGAAACUAACAUCCGAAGAAAUUCUUGGUUUAUCCAUUGAAUCCAUACAGCAACCCACAAUUGAACAAUUGGUUGAGGAAAGCUCCUCGGCAAAACCAAUUUUGAUGAUAACACAAACUGAAAAUGACCCAGCAUCGGAAAUAUUGAGUGUAGCCCUACGGCUCAAAGGCAAAGAUAAAUACGAAGAGCUAUCCAUUGGUAAAGGCAUGGAAAGGAAAACCAUGGAAGUCAUACGUCAAAUGGCAGAAUUGGGUAAAUGGGUUUGUGUGAAAAAUGUACAUUUAGUCCCAGAGUGGUUAAUUGAAUUGGAAAGAGAAUACGGCGAAAUGAAAAAGACCAAUGAUUUUCGUUUAUGGCUGAUAUGUGAAUCGACACAAGGAUUCAGUGAAGCUGUCAUGUACAAGUUCAUCAAAGUACUUUACGAAUAUCCCAUGGGAAUACGGCAAAAGUGUAAGAAAAUGUUACAGAACUAUGCCAUAAUGGAGCAGGAUCGUAACAUUCUGAAAGAACCGAAACUAAUGAAAAUACGUGUGGUAUUAUUUUUACUAAUGUCCGUCAUACAAGAACGUCGUCGUUUUAUACCCCAAGGAUGGUCACAAAAAUACGAAUUUGGCGAAGCCGAUCUAAAGGCAGCUUUACAAAUUGUACGCUGGCUAGAUUCCAUAACACUGGGAGGACGUGUCGAUUGGUCGAUUAUGCAAAAACUUAAUGAAAAUGUUGCCUUUGGUGGUCGCAUAAAUAAUUUGCGUGAUCUACGAGUUUUACAAAAUUAUUUACAAACUUUUUUCAAUAAUGAUUCGUUAAGUUCACGUUGGUCACCAUUUGAUGAUAAGGUAAUUAUACCAACAUCUUCUCAGUGGUCAGAUUACAUGAAUGCCUUGAGCAAAUUACCGGCCCAAGAUGCACCGGAGUUAUUUAAAUUAUCGAAGAAGUCAAAUGCUAGUCGUGAAAUUGUCUAUGGCAUGGAAAUAUUAAAGGAAUUGCGUAUGUCAUUUUAUGGUGGUAGUGGUGGAAGUCUUGAUGAUGCAGAUCCUCAGAAUUAUCAGCAAUUGGAGAAGCAAAUAAAACCGAUAUUGGCGCUGUGGAGAAAAUUGGCUCAGAACUGUUCAAUAGACGUAACAGCACAGGAACUAUCCGAUGACCAGAAAUCAUCAAAACCUUGGAUAGUAUUUCUCUAUAGUGAGUUGAAAACCGGUGGCCAAGGAUAUCAGAAGAUUCACACAACUCUAAGUCAAGCCUAUAAUGCAACAAAAGAAAGGCAAACGAACCGGAACAACAAUGCUGGAAAAUCAUUAAAUAUAUUGGCCUUGAAUCAAGUACCACUCGAGUGGCAAAGAAUAUGGUCAGGACCUGCGAAUGCAUUGGACUACAUCAAAGCAUUUAUGCAUCGGGCAAUGGCAACAGAGACACGCUAUCGUACCACUCAACAUUUGGACUUUAUCGAUGAAAUUGAUCUGAGUACUGUGUACAAUUGUCAGACUUUGAUUUCUUCAUUGAAGCUAAUUAAUUCGCAUAAACAACAAAAAUCUUGUAAAAAUCUACAAAUCGCAUCACAUGCCAUACAAUCGAACUCGGCAUAUAAUCAGCGAAAUGACGGCGCCAACGAUAUACAGGUGCAAUUGAAGGUGAAACCUCUGAGGGUAAAUGGCGCCACUUUCAGCUAUGGUAAAUUACAAAUCACCAACAACAAUGACACCUCAGCAGCAGCAACGACCGAAAAUGAACAAUCACCCGAAUUUCUAAUAACAUUUAAAGAAAAAGAUGAAAAGAAUAUGCAGGAUUUGCGUACGGUAAGCCGAGGAAGUACAAGUGGCAACACCACUCUGCUGCCUGUCUACACCAAUGCUAAACGCGAACAGUUGCUGUGUGAAUUUGAAGUUGCAACAACAGAGAAUGUUGACACUGUGCUUUUAUCCGGUGCUGCUUUAAUAGUGGGAGAUUAUUAAAGGAUGUUAAGUGAGAAUUGAAAUUAAAAUUUAAAUGUCGAGUUAUUUACAUUUGGCUGUUGUAAUAUCCACUGAAUGGGAAAAUGUUCAAGGGGAAAUUUGAUGGAACUGUAAUAUGGUGGGAAAAUACAUACUCACCUUAGUAAGGGAAUAUCCUUGUUGGAGAGAUGUGGAAUAAAGGACAUUUUUUCGCACAGUCAAGACAAAAGCCCCAGGGCACAGCAUGUUUCCUUUUAAUGCCUAACAACCUGUUUUUAAAUGUAUGAAUCAUAAAUCUAUCCACUGACAUAUGCAGUAGCUAUUUUAGUUUUGAAAUUUAUGUUAUGAGCAUAAUAAAUGUGACUAAAAGAAAAAGAAAUUAAAUAAACUACUAUUUAUAAUCA